AUGUGCAUCGAGUCACAUAUUCUAAUUGAUCCAAGUUUAAGAAAAACAAGGGUGGUGGUUACUAAUGAGAUAGAAGGAGGACGACAACUGAUGGUUCAUUGCAAAUCCAAAAAUGACGAUCUCGGUGUCCACGUGCUUGGGCCAAACGAUUGGUUCCAAUGGCACUUCCGACCAAAUUACUUCGGAUACACAUUAUUCUACUGCGCCAUGGAUUGGGGAGAGGGAGGGCUUCAUUGGUUCGACAUAUACAUCCAGUACAGGGAUUACAAAAGAUGCAAACUAUGUCAUUGGCUCAUUAGAAAAUCAGGUCCUUGUUUGUCUUAUGGUGAUCAUGAAUCUUGUUAUCGUUGGAAACCACAGGGGAUGAUGCUAAGGGAAUCUGAAAGAUUUGAUUGA